UCCAGGGGGAAGGGAAACAGGAUCCACUAACUGUCCAUAGUAGCCUGCACAUGGCAUAUCUGUCAUCUUGGCCGAGUGAACAUGUGUCCAUUAAAAAAAAUGCUGAGCUGACAGCACUUUGAUGGAGGCUUUAUGGAGUGUAAACAGUGAUGGAGGCUGAGGCUACCUCAGUGAUGGAGUCCAUAUCUACAAGCAUCCUGAACGUGAGGACGACUGAGGGGAGGAGGAGUUAAGCCAUGCCGAUGCUGGAGGUCAUCUGCAGCCUGAUUGGCUGGCUGUGUCUCUACUUCUUGUUCGUCUGCACCUUCACUCAGCGGGGACCCGAGUGGAACUGUCGCCUGGUCACGUUGUCCCACGGCGUCCUCAUAGUGCUGCUCACAGCCUACGUUGUUUUCGUAGACGGACCCUGGCCCUUCACGCAUGCAGGUACAGAAAACACAGAGCUCCAGAGCUUCGCCCUGGCUGUGUGCCUCGGCUACUUCUUCUUCGACAUGGGUUGGUGUGUAUGCUACCACACUGAGGGCCCCGUCAUGCUUGCACAUCAUGCUGCCAGUAUUGCAGGCAUCCUGCUGGCUUUGCUGAUGGGAGUGUCAGGCUGUGAAACCUGCGGGGUCAUCUUUGGCAGCGAGAUCACCAAUCCCCUGCUGCAGACCCGCUGGUUCCUCCGCCAGGUGGGCCUGUAUGACAGUCUGCUGGGCGACGCGGUGGACCUGCUUUUUAUUUUACUGUUUGCCACUGUUCGCGUGGGAGUCGGCACGGUGAUGUUCUACUGCGAGCUCACCUCUCCUAGGACUUCAAUGAUAAUGAAGCUUGGUGGAGUGGUUAUGUAUGGGCUGGCAUGGGUGUUCAUGGUUGACAUAGCCAGAUUUGGCUACAAGAAAAGCAAGGCUAAGUAUAAAAGGUGGAUAGAGAACCACAAACUCAAAGACAUGGACAGACAAAAGGUGGGUGGACAUUCAGACAAGAGUGAAUGAAAAGCUAAUGUUCUGUCUAAGGGCUUCAAAAGCUCUAAAGGUGCUAUGUACAGCAUGAGAAUAAUAAAAGAUUACUAAAUAUUUUUAAUAUGCUGUAUAGUAUGAGUCCCCAAAUAAAAGAGAAAAGUUAAUGCUUAUCAUGAGCGCGCUCUAACCUUGUUUUAAAAUGCCAUGGGCUGCUUCAUAGCAAAAAGUUUAAGUUGUAUUAGCAACAGUCAGCUUUAGUAGUCUAAAUGUCUGAUGUUUACCAGCAAAUUUAUUGCGAUGGAACAAAACAUUCAUAGCACAGAAUCUCCUGGGGUAUAAUUACAGGAGGAGAAACUCCAUUUAAGACAUGACAAGUUUAAAAUGAUAGCUACACUGUGGGACUUUAUCCAGGGGUGCCUCCAGAUUUUCUUCAUAGGGGUGGCCAUAUGGGGGCCACUAAAAAUAUAGGCUACUUGAAAAAUAUGGCAAAAACGAGAGAAAGAAAUGAAUUAUAUGCCUAUUUAAUUUCCUGUUAUUAAAACUGAUAUCACUGAAAAUAGGUACAUAUCAAAACAAAAUAAGAUUUUGAAAUCCAUAUUAAACCUAUUUUAACUGAUUGAUUGAUUUACUGGAAAUCCCAACCAUCACUUUAAUGAUUCUCAGCACAGCUGAGCAGAAGCAGCUUAAGAUUCAUUCUCACAGAAUCGAGUUAAGUUUCAAACUUGUUCAGGAAAACAAGCAAGUGUUGGAUCAUGUAAGAGUGUGAACUGUUGUCUGUCUCUGUGUUGGCCCUGAGAUGCACCAGUUAUCUGUGAUCUGCUUGGUGGAAAUGAAAAAGUAUCAACCUAUAAAGGACUGAUUUCAAAGACACUCCUGAAAUCAAAGUGAAGAAAUUAUACAGUAAGCUAGUCCUUUUUGCUUGUAUGCAUGUCGACAACUUCGGGCCAUGCUCCUAAUGAGACGACGGAUGGUGUGCUGGGAGAUCUCCUCCCACAUCAGGGCAUCACUGAGCUCCUGGAACGUCUGAGGUGCAACCUGGUGGCAUCAGAUGGACCAGAAUGUAAUGGCCCAGAGGUGAUCUGUUAGAUUUAUGUCAGGCAAGCGUAGGGGGCUUUUCAGUGAUAUCAAUUCCUUUAUCCUUCAGGAACUGCCUGCAAACCAUGGCCACAUGAGGCAGGGCAUUGUUGUUUGGAGAUAUAUCCAUGGAUGGAUGCACGGCUAUACCGCCACAGACCUUCAUUGACCUACCAACAAACUGGCUGUGCAGACUGAUGUUACAGGCAGUAUAAUGUUUAUAUGCACAGAGCGCCAGUGAUGGACCUGCCAAUUCUGGUAUUCUACGGCAAAUGCCAGUCGGGGUCCACAGUGCCAGUCAGUGAGCACAGGGCCCACUCAAGCAUGCUGGACCCUCGGUCCACCCUCAUCAAGUCUGUUUCUGAUUGUUUGCUCAGAGAUUUUUACACCGUUUCAUAAUGGAGUUAUUGUUACUUGCUAUUUGGAAAAAGUAGCAAAUUAUCCCGCUGCGUGACAUAUGCGAGUGCUUUGUAGAACAUCUCAGCUAUUUUCCAUUUUUACAAAAUGUGUUAAACAGUUUGUUGUUUUUUAACUACCACGCGUGCUUUGGAAAUGUUCCUGGAUGUAGAGUUCAGCUAAAGGAGGGCACUGAUCAUGUAGCUUUUUUGAAUUACUGCUUAGUGACCAACAUCUAGGUUGUAUUGUGUUUUUAUUUGGUUGAAUUAUUUAAUUAAAAAAAAUACUAAUUUAAUUGGUAAUUCUGACAUCUUGUCUCCUUUUUUGUUACUUUCACACAUCCCGAGGACUUUUCAGGGACUGCACCUGCAUAAAGAAUGAUAAAUAAAGUGUUUUAAUAAAGUUUUAAAGUGUUCAGUUAGGUUGAGAUCUGAUGGCUACAAAGAGCAUAUAUAAUUCACAGCUCAGUUUUAUAAUCAUCAAACAGUUCUUUGACGCUCUUCCCUUUGGAUCACUCAGAAUCUCUUCUAAGGGGACAACUGCACUGAAACCAGGUUGAUAUCAUAACAGAGUCACCUCAUUGUAGCAUUCACAUUUUUACCUUUAAUUUAGUCUGAAUGAGUUUGAAACAUCUUUGUUUGAGCUUUGUUCUUUGGGACAACCUUUAUAAAGUAUAGAUCUGAUGCAGAACGUUGUUUUGGGGAAGAAAAACAUGCAAUAUAAUGUGUGUUUUAAUCAAGCUUCAUUCAAUACUGUAGAUACAUGUUUGCUAUUAGAUGUUUUCUGUUAGCUUGUCAUUUCCACUGCUGUUCCAUCAUGUUAGUGUUUUCCUUUUUGUUUUCUUUUUUUCCAUCUCCAUUGUGUUU